AUGUCUAUCGCUGAACGAGUACCGAUAAUCAUGGCUAAUCGAACCCCACUAAUCUCCUGGACUGCCGAUGCAGUCAAUGAUGGCCCCACCAGUAACACAAUCCUAAUCCAAUGGCUUGCAACCAGCAACAACUAUGUCCGAUGGCGAUCAGGUGAAUCAAAGCGGGCCAUGUGUCAAGAGAUCAUUGCAGAUAUGCGACUGCAUGGCAUCCACCAUCGCAAUUAUCAUUCAAUCAUGCUUCGGAUGACUCUGCUUGAAGGCUCUUAUAAGCAGGCAUACCAGUGGGAAACUACCACUGGCGGAUUCAUCACUGCGAUUGGUGUUGAUGGCCACACAACGGUCUCGGUUCGAGAGCAUCUACUACGGAUCUGUCGGUACUGGGACAAACUUGAUCCAAUUAUGCGACCGAUCAUAUGA